UACCAGUAGCACAGUAAAAGAGAAGAUGGGUAGACUAGUAGAGUAUAUACUGUUACUUCUAUCAGUUGUACUAGUAGUAUCUACAUUGACUGGAUCUACUAACAAUUACUACAAUGAACCAAUUAAUUUCACAUAUUGUUCUGUUACUAAAAACUCGGAUAUACUCACUAAUUUAUCAGUAACUCCUUAUCCACUGAUUCCUGGGAAAGGGUAUCAAAUUCAAGGAACUUUAGUCAUUAAGAAAACCAUACAAUGGGGUAUACUGCAUUUUACAUUGGCACAUAAUUUCAAAAAUUACACUAAAAUUACUUUCAUUGAUGAGAAAUACAAUUUAUGUGACUAUUUUGUUGAUGUAUUAAACUUACAUUGUCCUAUGCCACCAGGAACAUAUCAGUUUAAUUAUACUAAUAAAAGGAAAAUACCAAAGUUCCUUCAGAAUUGGCCAGGUAGGUAUUAUGGCAAAGGCACUGCAUACAAUGAGGAAGGAGAGGAAAUCAUGUGUCAAAUGACAGAAGCUACUAUAAAUUAAUGACUUAACAAAAAAUAGUGAAGCACAUGCAUAUUUUAAAGAGCACUAUAAUUACUCAAAGUUAAUUGUGUUUUCUUCAAAGACGC